CGUCUCGCUAAUUUUACAUGUCAGUGUGUUGGUUGGGGGGAAGUACUACAGAGCUUAUUUAAAUGGUUCUGCUAGGAAGUGUUGGAACUAGUGAAAUCUCUCUCACAAGUGCUUUAACUUUAUGGAAGGCUGAACAUGUUGCAGCUCCUGCAUGUUUCUGUGUUGUGGAUCUACCUUCACCUCCCCUCACUGCUGUGCGACAACCUGCUUUGCUACUACAGCCCCAUCCUGGAGAAGGAGAAGACGUUCAAGUUCAUUGUGACAGAGUGCCCUCCUGAUGAGAUGUGCUUCAAGGCGGACGGUCGCUACGGCAAUCACAGUGCCCUGUCAGCUCGGGGCUGCAUGGCAGAGAAGGACUGCAGCCAGAUGCACGAGCUCCGCCUCAAAGGAACCGUCUACAUCAUGAGCUAUGCCUGCUGUGACAGGCCGUACUGCAACGCCUGCCUGGUUGUCACAGCCAAACUCUUCUCCAUCACUGCGACACUUGUCACUGUAGCUGUGAUGGCCAGCAGCUUGUGACCAAGGACUCCUGAUGCGCUUUGUUACAAGCGUCUUUAAUUUUCUGUCUAAGGUGAUGAUGUG